GUUCCUCCCAGGUUUUCUACUCGGGCACAUUCCCCAUUCCCAGCCCCAAGGCAGCCAGGAAGCUAAGGACGCCCCCGAAGCAGCAGCAGCAACAGCAACAGCAGCAUCCCCCUCCCUGCGCCUCCACUAUCCUCAUUCAUUUUCGCGUACAGGCAAAGGCAUCAUCAAUUCAACAGCCUUUGGAGGAGGAGGAGAAGGAGGGAGGCAGGGAGGCGGUCGCUUUUUUAAAAAGGAAACCCCACGCUCACUCUCCAAGGAAGAAGUCCAAGCUGAGUUGCUCGGCUCCUUCGGAAUGGAGGCUGCCCAACACGUGAAAUCCUAAGCCGGGUGAGCUCUCCCUCGCCCCUCCACCAUGAUUCCUCCCAGCAACGCCAGUGAAGACAGCCUGGACGGGGGGGAGAAGGACAACGACGCCGAGAGCCCCGACCAGCCCCCUUCUCCUGCCUCCACCACCAGCCAGGAAUCCAAGCUCCAGAAACUGAAGCGAUCGCUUUCUUUCAAGACCAAAAGUUUGCGGAGUAAAAGUGCAGACAACUUUUUCCAACGGACAAACAGUGAUGUGAAGUUGCAAGUAGAUUUGCUAUCAGAAAUCAGCUGCAAAACAGGCCAGCCCCCCGAUUCUGAAAGCCAGUCCUCCACUCCAACCAAAGUCCAACCCCAACAGGAAAACAACAAAACUCACAUUUUCCAGGAACACAUCUUCAAGAAACCCACUUUCUGUGACAUCUGCAACCACAUGAUUGUUGGAACAAACGCUAAACAUGGAUUACGCUGCAAGGCGUGUAAGCUGAGCAUUCACCACAGAUGUGCAGAAAGCAUUGGGCAACAACGCUGCAUGGGGAAACUGCCCAAAGGUUUUCGCCGUUACUACAGCUCUCCAUUACUCAUUCAUGAGCAGUUUGGCUGCAUCAAAGAAGUUAUGCCUAUUGCAUGUGGCAAUAAGGUUGACCCUGUCUAUGAAGCACUUCGCUUUGGAACUUCCUUGGCCCAGAAAACCAAGAAAAGCAGCACAGGGAGUUGCUCGGAUUCACCAAAGAGGAAUUCUACGUCAGAUUUGGCAGAAGUUCCUGAAGAAGGUGACAGCCCAGGAGGUUUACUUGACAUAAACAGGAAACGCAGCAAUAGCGUGUUUACCUACUCAGUAAAUGGUACAGCGGACUUCAGAGAUGAACCGAAGAAAAUAAAUUCUAUAUUACAGGGAUCUCUUCAUAAAGACACAGUGCAGAUGAAUACCUAUGUUGCCUUGUACAAAUUUGUACCACAAGAGAAUGAAGACUUGGAAAUGAGGCCAGGAGACAGGAUCACACUUCUGGAAGACUCAAAUGAAGACUGGUGGAAGGGGAAAAUAGAAGAUCGUGUUGGCUAUUUUCCGGCUAAUUUUGUUCAAAGAGUACAAGACGAAAAAAUUUUCAGGUGUAUAAGAACAUUUAUUGGGUGCAAGGAGCAGGGACAGAUAACCUUGAAAGAGAACCAAAUCUGUAUGGCUUCAGAAGAGGAACGCGAUGGCUUUAUCAAAGUAAGCUGCGGGAAGAAAAAGGGAUUUGUCCCCAUCGAUGUCUUGGAAAACAUCUGAUUUUUUUGCCCCUGUAACUACUGCAGUAGUGACGCUUUGCUGAAACAAGGCCUGUCUGCCUCCUUUUGCACUGUGUCAGCCCAAACAAGCUGUCUUGCCAGUGACCAGGGAAAUUACGAGACAACUCCAAGGAUCUGUUGAUAUCAGACAUUUAGUCUUAUCUUGGGCAACAGGAGAUGGGUGAACUACAACACCUUGCACUUGCUGGAAAAGAGCCAAGCAAGGGUGGUAUGAGUCUUAGGGGGGAGGCUUUGGUUGUUUUUGUUUUAACAAGGCAGGAGAAACACUAAACUGGAUGAUUUUUCUGAACAAGAUUUCUAACUAUUACCAUGACAAAAAUAAACAACCCAUCUGGAAAUUUGCACCCUUUUCACGUGUCUUAAGAAAACUGGGACUUUUUUCUGAUUUGAAGUGUUAUUGAAAAGGCAAGGAUUCGGACUUUUCCUUGUAUUCCUACCGCUUGAUGCUUGAAAAAUAUAUAAUGUGAGUCUGGUCUUUCAAAUGUUGUCAAUGGUAUUAGCGACAGCGUAAUGUUCGGUUCUGGUUUUUAAAGUUUUGUGUCAGAGCAGUUUGGGUGAACUGUUUUGAGAUCUGUUUGGGAAAAAAUACUACAGCCCCUGGACUAAUUUCUCCGUGAUGUAUAAUAUAUGUUACUAUGGCGAGCUUGUACGUUCUUUGGAUUCCUUGUACACGAGCAAAGAUUUUAGCACAUAUUGGAUGUAAAUGCUGUGAAAACAGCUCAAGAACAAGCACUGUUUCUCUAGGACAGGUGGAAGUUGCUGCCUAAUCCCUACCAAAAGAAGAAAAUUACCAGAAGCAAGGACCUGGAUUGUAGACAUACUAAAGAAAUUUUCUAUUUUCUGAUAUUGUUUGAGCAUAUUUUAUGUAUGUGUGUAUCUGUAGCAUGGUCCUGUUUAUAUGGUAAACCAGUCACGUUUCACAAUAUGGGAUAGCAGCGCAUCCUGCUGAUGAAAAGAAUUUGAGCUUGCAUGCUUGUGAAUGAAUGCAACAAAGUUCAAAAGGCUGAGAGGUUUGGUUAUUGCCAGGGAAACAAACACAUUCCAGCCACAGAAUUAAAGCACCCUAAAUCCUAUUCAGUGGUCAGAAGUUUGCCUAGGCUAUAUUAACUGCCACUUGUAGAAACUGCAGCUUUAAAGCCAGAAUGUCAGCCCAAGUUUGAUAUUAUAUUUGAACCCCAAAACAAGUUGCACAUCAAGAUCCAGAUAAGAGUAAGUAGCAAUUCUUGUUUCUUUUGUCUCCAUCAAGAGGACAAUAAAGCAAUUCUGGUUUUACUGGCCCGAAACAAAGGUUUUGAAUGUGAGGCUCUCCAAAUGUAGAACUGCAUCUCCCACCUGUCGUACCUCCUCUAGCAGCAAAGAGAAGUGAUGAGUAAUAAAAUUAUUUAUUAUUAUUAUUAUUAUUAUUAUUAUUAUUAUUAUUAGUUUUUACAGGUUGGUGUGACUUGCAGUCCAACAACAGCUGGGGGCCCACAUUUUUUCCUAUCGUGCUAUAAAUGCUUAUUAGAAAUGUUCCAAUUUAGGGACAUAAAUAGCAACAAGCAAUUUACUGAUUGCCAGAUGUGCUUCAUUUUUAAGAAGGCUUAAGCCUAUCUCUUUCUUUAAUUGUCCAACAUUUUUUUAAUGUAAUGGAAGAACAAGGUUGGACUCAAAAUUAUAUUUGUUAGGCAGGGAGUGGGUGAGGAGAACUACAGAAAACAGGGCAGGAAGUAAACAACUAUUGCUUCCAAGUUUUAAGUCUAAUCUCCAGAGGAAAGCAGGAUAUAAAGUAAAAAACCAAACAACAAUGUCCCCAAUUUAUUAACAGAUUAACGGAAUCUAUUUCUUAUAUGUAACAGCUCAGGAGAAAAAUACGUGGGACCCUUAGCACACUACAACUCUUUGGCAUGCCAGCAAGCCAAAAGUUGGCUUUAUUGCAUGAAGUAGUAAUAAUAAUAAAGCUUUAUUUAUAUCCCACCCCCCUCUCCCCAAGGGGACUCAGGGCGGCAUUCAAUAAUUGUAGUUCAAUAAUUGGCAGUGCGAAGAUAGCACAUGACUAUACCCUAGUCCUUGAAGUAAAGCUCUUGAGUCUUCACCUCUUGCCUUGCAUUCCAGACUGUGGCUGAAUCCCAGUGCUCUUUUGGUACCAGAAAUGGUGCAGUUGGGAAGUUUAGCCCCAUCAUUUCUAUUAGCAAAGGGCUGCUCUGUCUAUUAUAUUCCAUUCUUUUACACUGCAGAUACAUUUGCCUACAUGGAAAUGCUGGAUGUCUGCCUGGUCUACCAAAGUCAACAGGGAACUUUAAGGUGACAGGUCCAUAGGUUUGAUUCACCUGAAGAACUUUUAGUUACGAUAUGAGGGGCAUCAGAUAAAGCAAACAACAUUCCAUCCUUUUACAAGCUUUUGGACAGAAAGAAGAAAGAUACACCUGCAGAGAGAGAGAAAACAACUUUCAUAUCUUAGUCGGAAUGCAGAAAUCUUUAUUGUAUGGCUUUUUUAGUAGAAAACAGGAUUUAGAAAUAUUUUUGCAAUUCAUUUCAUUUUGCAAGGGAUAGCCAGAUGAUAUAGCAUUAGAAAAUAAUAUUCUUUGUGACAAAGAGAAAGAACAGCAACAGCAUUGUCUACCCAGUCUGCGUUAUGUCAUUGCUUUAUUGGAAAUUCAGUGAUCUAAGAUGAAGGAUCCUGAAAUGUCAGUUGGAAAAUGAAAGCAGUGUUAUGGUUAGCGUUUUCUUGUUGUUGUUCUGCGAAGACUAGCAAAAAGCAUCUAUCCAUCCAUACAUGCUACUGUUUACUUGAAUGCAACAUACUGUGAUUCUGUCCUACUUCAACUGCUUACUUCAGUUUAUCCUUCAGUCCUGCCUCUUAGAAACGGGAUGGAUAUUAAUUUCAAUUCACGAUGGCCUUUAAUCAAUGUCUCAUUUCUUUUGAUACUAAGCAAUAAAACAAUAAAGUGAUUUUUAAAAGAC